CCACACUAUGACCUGAGCAGGAGGCAACUGAAGUGGCUGAGAACCGGUCAACGUUUUGGGGCUAAGAGAGGGCCUGGACGACCCAGGAAGAACCCUCUACCCUCCCCCUUGGUCUCCCCCUUCCUCUCCUGUACAACCCCACCAAACCCUCCAACUGAGACACACGUCCAGAACAGAGACAGAAACAGAGGAAGUAGAGGAGGAGGAGAUACAGUGCAAGAGGUGAUUGAAGCUGUGAUUCGGCGCCAGAGGAGGAGAAGACUGAAGAGGAGGCGCAUUGAGGAAGAGGAGAAAGAGGAGGGUGAGCAUCCACCCUGUCUCCAAAGGUAAACCGUCAGAACUCACCCUUAUCCCAACUGACCCAGCGGGUGCACUCGCAGAUGCUCGCAAAGUUUAACUCAGCAACAUUUCACUCCCACAGCGAUCAAAACGUUACUGAGAAAGUAUAGAAAAUGCAUGCUAUUUUACAUGCCCUGCAACUAGCUGCUAGAUGUGCACUGAAGACUCAAUACCUCACACAGACAAAGUAUAUUAACACAUGGUUGACAGCACUGUGUGCUAAGCCAGUGCCCUUUCUUUCUCUCUCUCUCUCUCUCUCUCUUUUUCUUUCUUUCUAUCUUUCUAUCUCUCGCUCUCUCUCUUUAUACCUUCCUCUUAGUUCUGGUGAAGGUGAGCCAGUCACCCACACCCCCACCAUAUGCACAGGCCAAUCAGAGCUAAGCCAAGCUCCAUCGCUAACCCCGGCCAGCCAAUCAGAUAAGGGAGCUGACCAGCUGCCUAGGAAGAGGUUUCAGAGGGCAGGGCUCUACUCAGAUGACUACAAAACUACAGAGUGAGUUAUCAUGCACCCGUUCACACAAACUAACUUCACAUACUUUGAAUUUAUUUCACAAUUGGUGUGUCUUCUAUUAAUUUCAUUGUGUAAAUGUGUCUCUUCCCCAGUCCCUCCUCUCAGAGCCAGCUGAACAGAGAGAGACUGGAAUAUACACCAGGAGAACAAGACUACAGCCUCCUGCCUGCUCCCAUACAUGUCGGUGAGUGUGUGUGUGUGUGUGUGUGUGAGAUUGUGUGUGUGUCAUGUUUUUAACCCCCCCCCCCCCCUUCUCUCUCAUAGGGAAGUACUUAAGAAUGAGACGUAUUGACUUUCAGUUGCCUUUUGAUGUCCUGUGGCUCUUCAGGCACAACCAGGUAACACACACACAUACACUAUACACAAUAUACAAACACACACAAACACACACACUUGAAUGACCAUGUCUCUGUGUGUUCCAGCUCCACAAAGAGCCUGAUGUUCCUCUGACCAGAGAGAUCUCAUCCCGUGAGUACCCUAAAGUCAGAGCUGGCUUCUGUCUGUGCAUACAGUGCAUACCAUACACAAUGUUUAUACUGUAGUGUGUACAUCAAGACUUGACUUCAACAUGACUUACCACCCUACCUGGUUGGCGGGAGACAUCCAAGUGUUGCAGUGACACGUUGAAGGUGUUCAGUCUGUGUGGAGGGGUCCGUACCUCACUAUCUCUCUUUCUGUCUUUGUCUUCCUCCCAGGCCAACCAAAGGAGAAGAGCCUGUCCAGUCACCAGACAGGGGUGUCCCUCCCUCCCUCUCCCUUGGAGGAAGUUUCCAGUCCCAGUAAGAAGCUGUUUCCCCACCUGGACAUGGAGCCUAUGACCACCAGUGACAGGUAAAGACAGAAGAGAACCCACCAUGUCAAUACACAUGGAGGAACAGACUAGUUGUUUGUGUGCAUUUAUCAAAAUAAUAAUAAUGAUGAUCUUAUUGAUGUAUUUGUUUGAUUGUCAGGGUGUUCGUCCUGAAACAGCACGUGUUCCUUUUAAGGAACUGGGAGAGGGUCAGUGACAGACAGAUACGCCUGAGGAGGGGGAGAGAGGGGGAGCGAGAGAAAGAAGGAGAGAAGGAUGGAGGAGGAGUUUCCAGCGAUGUAGCUACUGGGGACAACAACAGCAUGUCAGGUCCAUGAAGCAAGUGUGUGUGUUAGUUUAAGUUUUUGUAGGUGUGUGUGUGCUCGCCCGCCUGUGUGUCAUUGUGUUUUAUUUGAAAUGUGUUCAUUGUCUUUCAGUAGUACUGUACUGAAUGGAUGUUUAUAUGGACAUAAAUGUGUGUGUUCAUCUCAGUGUUCAGUUUAGCUAUCUGUUUUACAGUAUUUAUUUAGUCAUAUCGUAUUCAGCAUUACACACACAGCAGUUUUCCGACCACAGAAAUAACUGUCAUCUCUUCACUGCCGUCCAAGAACAUCCAGCUAGGUUCAGCUUUCCCCAUAAACUAUCAACCAAACUUUAUUUCCAUCAAACAGUCACCAGCCAAGAACAGACACACAUAAGGGAAUUUAAGGACAUCUACUGUACACACACACACACAAAACCAUCCAUGGGCACUAAAGUUAUUUCCUCUCCCUGUAGGUCGACGAAUGUCUGUGAAGAAGAAGGUUGUGUUGACUAGUGAGCCCCUUCGUGAUCCCCAGUGCCCCCCUAACCCUCUCAGCACCACACCCCAUGUGAGUACUCUACUCUGUACUGUAACUGUAAACAGAUUCACUCAUUACAGUGUCUCCCAUGAGAGCUGCCUUGAAGUGUAAUGUAUUCAUACAGAGUGCUUUGUCUGUGUCACUAAUUCUUAUAACUAACUGCUGAUGUCGCAUCUACCCCACCACAGCUCACUCAACCUCAGAACAGACGAGAGGAGAAAAAACAGGGGGAGGAGGAGGGCCGGAGGGAGGUGCGGAAGGAACGACUGAACAACAUACUCCUGAAGCUGCGGCAGGCAUGA